CACAAAGCUGCACAUGGUCGACGUUAGGUUAUCUAAGUGUUCAUAAUGGAAGCGCCACAACAUAGAUGCAGGAUGUAGUGCUCUUCCUGCAUUCCUGAAGCAUGGCGGGCGUGUUGAGGCCAUCAGUCGGCGACGUGUCGUCAAUGAGGAAGUUAAGUGUGUUGGUGGAGGUGUGGCGAAGACACGCAGGUGGACAACUUAGUCUGACGGGAGAUAGUUCCUCUCUUCCAGCCUGCGACUAUGAAAGAUAGUUCCUCUCUUCCAGCCUGAUACUAUGAAAGCUCCACUUCUGUGCUGGAUUCUCCUCCUAAAUGCGUCCUUCAAGCUCUCAGACAGCCAUGCUCCUGUCUUUGGAGAGGGGAAGGACUAUGAGAUUGUUAGACCUAUUAGACUUCAUUCUGUCCAAAGACGACACACAGAGCGCUCCAGGCCAGAGACUCUAAAGUAUGCCAUGACAGUUGGAGGAUUAGACCUUGAAAUGCAUUUGCAAAAAAACAUUGACUUAAUCACCAAAGACUACACAGAGACUUAUUAUCAAGAAGAUGGAACACAAGCCACCACAGCUCCAAAGGACAUUGAUCAUUGCUACUACCAUGGCAAGAUUGUGAACGACAGUGAAUCGUCAGUUAGCAUCAGCACUUGUGAUGGACUCAGAGGUUAUUUUCGGACAUCCGCACAGAGGUACAUGAUUGACCCCCUUUCUGGUGAUGAUGAGGGGGAUCAUGCUGUGAUGGAGUUCAAUGAAACUGAAUAUACACCUGCAGUGUGUGGCGUCACCAACACUACGUGGAGCACAGAUUUUGAGCCCCCAACAAGCCGUAGUCGUUCCAGAUCAGCGGGUAUAUCUAUUGUUCAGCAACAGAAAUACAUUGAGCUCUUCCUUGUUGCUGAUAAUCGUGAGUAUGUGAGGAUGAAACGGGAUCAAAGAGAGCUGAGGAAGAGGAUAUUUGAAGUUGUCAACUUUGUCAACAUGGUAUACAAGCCCCUGAGGACAUUCAUUGCUCUUGUUGGUUUGGAGAUCUGGUCAAAUGGUGACUUAAUCUCCAUCACCCCUCCGGCUGGAGCUAACCUCAAUGCUUUCAUGAAGUGGCGGACUUCGGACCUGAGCAAAAGAAAAAAACAUGACAAUGCACAUCUUAUCAGUGGUAUUGACUUUGAAGGAGCCACUGUGGGACUGGCUUACAUUGGGACUCUCUGUUCAGACCACUCCGUUGGGGUAGUGCAGGACCACAAUAGUCGGGCCAUCGCUGUGGGGGCCACACUGGCACAUGAGAUGGGCCAUAAUCUGGGCAUGAAUCAUGAUGACUCCAGUGCAUGUGCCUGUUCUGGUGACAGCUGCAUUAUGGCUGGAGCCCUCAGCUACGACAUCCCACGCUCAUUCAGCAGCUGCAGCAGCAGUUUUUAUGAGAGAUACUUGACCAGCCGCACCCCAGGAUGUAUGCUGGACGAGCCUAACUACUUGAGUCUGGUGUCUCCCUCUGUCUGCGGCAACGGUUUCGUUGAAAAAGGCGAGCAGUGCGACUGCGGCUCUGAAAAAGAGUGCACCAACCCAUGCUGCAAUGCCACCACCUGCACCCUGAGUGAGGGCUCCCAGUGUGCAGCAGGCGAAUGCUGUGAAAAGUGUAAGAUCCUAUCUCGAUCCCGUGAGUGUCGGAGGAAGCAGGAUGAGUGUGAUCUAGCAGAGUACUGUGAUGGAAAGAGCGCCGUCUGCCCAGAAGAUGUCUUCAAUGUGAACGGACUCCCAUGCGAUGGAGGUUCUGGUUUUUGCAACAAUGGCCAGUGUCCAAAAAGAUCAAGCCAAUGCAUCAAAAUGUAUGGCUCAAGUGCUGUUGAGGCUGACUCUUACUGCUACAACCAGAACACCAGAGGAACCUACUAUGCCUUCUGCAAACGUCCCUCAAAUGAUAAGCACAUCCCCUGUCAGAAAGAAGAUAUAUUUUGUGGGAAGCUCUUUUGUCACCAGGGUAAUGACAGCCCAAACUAUGGCCGCAUGGUGAGGGUUGGCGAAUGCAAGGCAGCAUUCUUUGCAGACUUUACCAAGGAUUAUGGCCAAGUGGAAGCUGGGACCAUAUGUGGAGAGGGGAAGGUGUGCAGCCGGAAUGAAUGCGUGGAUCUUCAAACUGCUUACAGGAACACAAACUGUUCAGCAAAAUGCUCCGGGCAUGCAGUGUGUAAUCACAGAAGUGAGUGUCAGUGCGAGCCCGGCUGGAUGCCUCCUUCAUGCGAUGGCAAAGACAAGGAGUUCCGCUCCCUUUCGGAUGGAGCCACUGCUGCCAUCGCGGUGACCGUUUCGCUCGUGAUUUUGGGGGUCAUCGCUAUCAUUUUGGGGCUCAUCUGGAAACGACAGCGUGCCACGUUGCGAACAGAAAGGAGGGCACCGGAUGGGGAGAACUCUGCUUUGCGUCUUAACCAAGCACGAGUUCCGCCCACACAAGUGCAACAGGCUGGGAGGCUGAAACCCAAAGGAGCUCCGCCUCCACCUCCUGCAGCAGCCAACACACCCAAGCCUGCAAGCCAAAACUACUACCAAGGAGUUCGUCAGGCUCUGAGGCCGGUCCCUCCACCAAUGGUUUGAUCAACCACCUAACAGGAAGUGGCACACACAAACAUUUAAGAGACUUGUCCUGCUCCCAGCAAGAGGAAAGCAGAAAAUACUUUAUUUCUUUUAUGGGAUACUUUCAUGCUGUCAGGACUGUUUUUUUUUUAAAUCCUGCCAUUUUAUAUAUUUUAGAUUUUGUCACAAAAACUGAGCCAUUUAAUUGCCAGUGACUGAACUCUUUCAACAAUGUUCAGUGAUUGCAAUUAUAUUCAAACAUUUUAUAAACAGAUUUUUUUUAAACCAAUUUUCCCACAAGAAAUGUUGAUCCAAUUUAUUUGCUCUAAUAUUUACACAAAAACAUUUUAUAGAGAAUAGUUAUAUUUGUACAUGCAAUGAAAUACACGAAUAAAAUGUAUAAAAUAACAUUUAAUAUCAAUUUUAUCAUGAAUGUAGACUCUUCUUUGACGCAGAUGAGCGGAGAGAUUGGUCUACAAUUCAAUAGUUUUUAUCUAUUUUGUGUCAAAGUGCAACUUUCUUUGGCCCAAUUUUUGUUACAAUGGUAUUCUAUAUCAAAUAAACUGUGACUAACUCACCA